ACUGCAGCCUGAAUGCCUUUCUCCGCCUGCAGUUCGGACCCACAGCAGCGGCAUGUCGUGGCUCUUCGGCUGGAGGAAAGGCUCAGGGACGCCGCCGGCGGGCGAGGAGCACCCGGGGGCUGCAGCGGAUGAAGGCUCCGGGGGAGCACCGGGAGGACAGGGGGACAAAAAACCCGGAGACAAGUGGAGCAACUUCGACCCGACCGGGCUAGAGAGAGCAGCUAGAGCCGCCAGGGAGCUCGAUAAAUCACGACAUGCAAAAGAAGCUUUGGAUCUGGCUCGUAUGCAGGAGCAGACUGUACAGCUGGAGCAUCAGAGUAAAGUGAAGGAGUAUGAAGCAGCUUUGGAGCAGCUGAAGGGGGAGCAGAUCCAGCUCCAGGGGGAGGAAAGACGCAAAACGCUUGCAGAGGAGACAAAGCAAAACCAAGCAAGGGCACAAUAUCAGGACAAACUUGCCAGACAGAGGUAUGAUGAUCAGCUCAGGCAACAGCAAUUCCUGAAUGAGGAGAACCUUCGCAAACAAGAGGAGUCGGUUCUGAAGCAAGAGGCCAUGAGGAAAGCUACCAUCGAGCAUGAAAUGGAUCUGAGACACAAGAAUGACCUGCUUCGGGUCGAAGCGGAGGCCAAAGCUCGUGCUCAGGUGGAGAGGGAGAACGCAGAUCUGAUCCGAGAGCAGAUCCGCCUGAAAGCUGCUGAACACAGACAAACUGUCCUCGAAUCUAUAAAGACAGCAGGAGCAGUGUUUGGGGAGGGAUUCAAGGCCUUCGUCUCCGACUGGGAUAAACUAACAGCAACAGUCGCUGGAUUGACCCUGUUGGCAGUAGGAGUGUAUUCUGCCAGGAAUGCCACAGCGGUGGCUGGGCGGUACAUAGAGGCUCGUCUCGGUAAACCCUCACUGGUCCGAGAGACCUCCAGGUUGACUGUUGCAGAGGCCAUAAAACACCCAGUCAAGACAGCCAAGCGUGUGAGAAGCAGACCUCAGGAUGCUUUAGAGGGUGUGGUGCUCAGUGCAGCUUUGGAGGAGCGUGUGAGGGACAUUGCCAUUGCUACUCGCAACACCAGGCAGAACCGAGGCUUGUACAGAAACAUCCUGAUGUAUGGACCCCCUGGAACUGGAAAAACCCUCUUCGCAAAGAAACUGGCUCUUCACUCAGGGAUGGACUAUGCCAUCAUGACAGGUGGGGAUGUGGCACCCAUGGGGCGCGAUGGAGUCACUGCCAUGCACAAGGUGUUUGACUGGGCCAACACCAGCAGGCGGGGGCUCUUGCUGUUUGUAGAUGAAGCUGAUGCAUUCCUCCGUAAGCGAGCCACAGAGAAAAUCAGUGAGGACCUUAGAGCCACUCUCAAUGCAUUCCUCUACCGCACCGGCGAGCAGAGCAACAAGUUCAUGCUGGUGCUCGCCAGUAACCAGCCAGAACAGUUUGACUGGGCCAUUAACGACCGCAUUGAUGAGAUUGUGAACUUUGCGUUGCCUGGUUUGGAGGAGAGGGAGAGAUUGGUACGCCUGUAUUUCGACAAAUUUGUGUUGGGUCCUGCCACUGCAGGGAGACAGAGGUUAAAACUGGCUCAGUUUGACUAUGGUUUGAAGUGUUCAGACAUUGCAAAGCGAGCAGACGGCAUGUCGGGGCGUGAAAUCUCCAAACUUGGUGUAGCCUGGCAGGCUGCUGCCUACUCCUCUGAAGAUGGAGUUUUGACUGAAGCAAUGAUUGACUCAAGAGUGGAUGAUGCUGUCAAGCAACAUGCACAGAAAAUGGACUGGCUGCUGGUGGACACAGAUAUGGGGGUUGGCAAGGUCGGUGUACUCUUACCUAAGGAAAUGGCUGCAGGAAUCACGGCACAAAAAGCCGCUUCACUAGCACAAAGUGAAGAUACCACCUCGACCAUACAAGAAAUUCUUCCACUAUAUGAGGUUGUAAGCAAUGCUGCCCAGGCAGAAACAACCACUCCAUCUUCAGAGGUACAAGCAGAUGUUAUCCUCCAAGAAGCUGCCACUUUGGUUAAAGAAAGUGAAGUUGUUGCUGCACCAACUGUUGGAACAACUAUCUUGAAUGAACCACUUGAAACAAUUGCUGAGACAUCUGCUGCUGUCCCAUUGGAGCAGGAGGUUAAGGCUGACAAUGACCUGACUGCUGAAGUUCUAGGAACAGCUGUACCUGUAGACACUGCUGUACCUGAGGUAAAGGAUAUACUCACUGAGACUAUUGAAACUGAGGGCACAGCAGCUUCCACCAUAGAAGAAACUGCUGCUGUGAGUAAAGAAGAACCCUCUGCUGAUUUAGUGCAAGAAACUGAGACUGAAGAGGUAAUCAAGGAGAAGGAGAAUGUUGCUCCACAAGUUGACAUAACAGCCUCUGCUGUUGCCCUUGAGAAGGAAUUAGACACUGUCAUCUUUAAUGUUGUCCAGGAACCAGAGGCUACAGUAUCAGUACAAGACACUCUUGUUCAGGAAACUGAGUCAGCAACCACCUCUGUUGAUGGUGGAGAAUCUGAAGCCAGUAAAGCUGCAGAGGAAGUAAACACUGAUAUUGUAAAAAUGGUUGGGCAAGUAGUAACCAAUGUAGCUCAAGUGACUGAGUCCUUGGCAAACAUUGUAAAGGAGGCUGAAUCUAUAACAAUUGAUGUAGCCAAGGUGGCCGAUACUGUGUCAACCAUCACUGAAGAGAUGGAGGCAGUAUCCAUGAAGGAGUCUGAACCAAUAGAAAAGGUAGUUGUCGAUACAAGUGAGGUUGCAGGAGAGUUAUCAGAGGUUGCUCAAGAGGUUGAAGUGGUAGUAACAGAGAUGGAAUCAAAUAUUAUGGACACAGAGGUUGUCAAGGAGGUUGAACCUGUGAUGCCUGAGGCUGCUGCCAGUGAAGCUGAAGCCAUGCCAAAAGAGAUUGCAGUGGAACCAGAAGUCAUAGCUUCAGAGGAAACCAAGGUGACUCAGACUACAGCUACAGAGUUGACCACAGAGGCUGAGACUUUGACCACAGAAAAUGUCACAGAACCUAUACCUGCAGAGAUUGCUGAGAAGGAAGCUGAGCCUACCAUAACAGAGAUUUCCAAGGAAUCAGAAGUCCUAAAAGAUGAAGUAAUAUCAACAGAAAAUGCCACAGAGACUGAGGCCACAACUGGAGAGGUAGCCAAAGAGUCUCAGACAGCAGCUGCAGGUUUUGUCACAGAGACUGCACCCAUAGAGCCUUUGCCUAUGGAGACUGCCUUCAAGAAUGCUGAAGUCACUACAGCAGAGGUUUCUAAGGAAGCAGAAGUCCUACGAACUAAAGCUGUCACAGAAACUGAAGCCACAACCAUAGAGGUAGCAGACAAGGCUCAGACUGCAGCUACAGAGACUGUUGCCAAGGAGGCUGCAGAAGUUUCCAAGGAAGCAGAAGUCCUACCAGAUAAAAUAAAUCCAACCAAAACUGUCACAGAAACUGAAGCCACGACCACAGAGGUAGCAGAAAAGGCUCACAUUGCAGCUACAGAGACUGCUGACAAGGAGGCUGCAGAGGUUUCCAAGGAAGCAGAAGUCCCAUCACCCAAAGAGGUUGACACUGUUGUUACCGAAGAUGUGAAAUUGCCCGAAGUUAAUGAGGUUGCUGCCCAGAAAACUGAGGCCAAAACAACAGAGGCUGUAGUGCAGGUGGAGACUGUGGUAACUGAAGCUGCCAAUGAGAAGGACAACUGUCCCCAAACCAGCGUUGAUGAUGUCAGUGUGUCAUCCAUCAAUGAAGAAGCUAAACCCAGUCAAACUGGUGUUUCAGACAAACAGAGUGGAAAAGCCAGCGAUAAAUCACAAGACAAAUCUAGUCCAACAAAAUGAUCCCUUGGGGUCUUUGAUGGCAUGAUACUGUGAAUGAAGAGCUGUUGUAAUCCUUAAACUUCUGAGCAUGGAAUUCUGUCUUCUUGUCUGCCAGUAUAUGUUGAACUGUGUUACUGUCAAUGCCAAGGUAAAUGUAAUAGUUGGGUUACAGUCACUAGGAGUGCUGAAAUUUUAGUAAAAAGAUGUUAAAUCCC